UUGUUCAAAUACAUCAGUUAAUAUUUAAUUAUACUUGUUCAUCGUUUGAUAAUUAAUUCAUAUUUCAUAACCGAUUCAGUUUUAUAGCUUACCAUGAUGUUAUCGAAGUCAAAAAAUAUUUCAAUAAAAGAUUCGUUAAAUUCUGAAUUUCCAUUUAGGCAGGUACAAAUAAAUACGUUGGCUAACUUAUUUUUAAAUGAAGAUGGAGUUUUACCUCCAUGUGUUUUUAUCCACGGUCUACCAUCUACUGGUAAGACAAGUUUAGUGACUCAUUUGAUGUUUUUACUUGGAGAGUCAGUCAAAUCAUCCAUUGUGAAUUCUAUAUGCUGUUACACAAGUCGAUUAUUAUUUGAACCUAUUUUAAAAGAUUUAUUUAAAAUUAAGCAAAGUGACAUACUCAAUCGGUGUGAUAAUUUUAUGCAAUUUUUAAACAUAUUGAAACAAGCUGAAAUUCAAAAAGAACAAGUGAUUAUAGUGUUGGAUAAUUGUGAGAUGUUAGGACAAGAACAAAUAGUUUUAUUUUCAAAAUUACAAGAGCUAAUAAAAAGUUAUCAGCUUUGUGUUAUAUUUAUUAGCCAAGUACUUCCUUCUAAAUUUGAUGAGGACAUUAAUUGUAUACCAAUAUUGUUUGAACAGUAUAAUAGUGAUGAUAUAUCUGCUAUUUUAUUAAGAGAUAAACCAAACAGUUGGAGUUUAUCUAUUUACCAAAAUUUUUUAAAUGUUUUUAUGGGAUCAUUUUAUGGAAGCUGUCGAGAUUUAGUAGAAUUAAAACAUUUGGCAAAACUCCUAUUCAUCAAGUAUGUAGAGCCAAUAGAAGAUGGAUCAUGUACAGAAAUCAACCAAACUUUACUAUUCAGAAAAAUAAGUCCUAGUAUACACUUAUUAUUAAAUAAUGUUUAUCUAGGAACAAGUUUGGAAAAUGUCAAUAGUUUGUCUGAUGAGAAAAUAACAUUUGAAAAACUUGCUCUGGAUUUACCAUAUUAUGCCAAAUAUUUUUUAAUUGCUGCAUAUAUUGCAUCAUUUAAUUUACCAAAAUAUGAUAGGCAAUUGUUUGUUAAAGCAUCAAACAAAAAAAGAAAAACUAAUCGGUUAACAAAUAAAACAGAAAAUUCUGCUAGUCAACUAGUUGGACCUAAAGCUUUCUCGUUAGAUCGUUUAUUAGCAAUAUUUUAUGCUAUUAUUGAAGAAAAUACAAACAUGACUGCCAACCUUUUAGCCCAAAUUAAUACAUUAUCGGAUUUGGGACUUUUGAUACGUUUAGGCGAUGGUAAAUUGGAAACCCCUAAAUACAGAUGUAGCGUUAGUUUUGACUGUGUCAAUAAUAUUGCUCGGACAGUGAAGUUUAAUUUAAAUAAAUAUCUUAUAGAUAAGUUAUAACCUAUAUUAUUUUUUUUUUAUUUUCAUUUUAUAAGAUAUUGAUAGCUAUUAAUUUAUAUGUAAUAUUUUUUAUAUAUUAAUUUAAAAAUUCAAUUUAUCAUGCUAAAUAGGAAUUACUAAAAUUAGUAUGGUUUUAGAAUAUAUAAGCCUAAUAGAUAUUUCAUCCUUAAAGCUUGUUUCAUCUUUUAUUUUUUUGUAAUACAUUCUUUUCUUUUUUUUUAAAAAAAAUUUCUUUGUAAUAUUUUGUUUUCCAAAUAUAUGUACACUAAUGGCUAAUUGUGUUUCUGUACUAUACUAAUUUAUAUAAAUAUAUUAUUAAUUAGUGUAAGUUAUAAAUUAUGGUUUGAUAUAGUAGUGUAAUAUAUCAUAUUUCGUAGAUAAAGUUAUUCCAGCUAAUACUUUAUUACCAAGUUCCUUCAACUUUCAUAGCAAGUAUUAUAAAUCGUAAUAAAAUCUGGGUGUUUUAGAUUGAAUAGCAUUUGGCAAUGGUUCAAUUAAUUCUUGAUUAAUCAGGGGUUAAAUUACAAAAUAAUGAACAAUGUUGAACUGUGUCCGUGGUAAAAGGAUGUUUCAUCCCCACCUAUUAUUAAAAUAGGACACUUGGCCCCCGGGGCCCCAAACGUCCUAUGGUUAAAUAACAUCAUAUUAUAACUCCCGAGGGCCAAAAGUCCUAUCUUAAUAAUUUAUGUGGAUUAAACGUCUGUGGACUCGUUUUAUUUUACGGGAACGAAAUGGCGGAGAAAAUAUUCAAUGAAAGGUUUAUAACUGGAAUCCCGGAUUAAAAUUUGAAUUCGUGAGUCGUGACUAAACUUGUAUACAUCAUUCCAGGUUCGUGUUAGAAUUAAUUGUAUUGUAUUAAUCACGAU